UUUUUACUUGAAGACUUUUGUCAAACGAACUUCUUUCUUGAUUUGAAGGUAAGACAUGGGAGGUGAACAGGAAAACAAAAAAAGGAAAGAUCGGAUCUCAGUGGGCUAAAUUGGGCAAAAGGUAUUUGUCUCUCAAUGAUAAAUGUUAAAUGAUUUGGAUUUCAAAAAAAAAAAAAUGAAGAAGAAUAUAGGAUAAACUUUUUUAUUGGAAAUGUGACAAAACCCUACGAUGGAAGCUAUGGAAAUCCUGGCAAGUUCUGAUUUGGGAAAAGAAGGCAACCAUGAUAGGUUGGUUUCUCUUUCCAAGGACCUUGGAAUAUUACCUGAGGUAUGCUUUUUACCAUUCUGUGGUUUUUGCGAUUUGAUCAUUCAUGAUUCUUUGUUAAAGUCUGAUGCAUUUUAAUUGUUCUAUGGGUCUUUUCCUCUUUGUUUUUUUUUGUUUUUUUUUACUGCAAUGAGAAAAGCCAAAUAAUGAGUUACCAGAUUUUCUUGAUAUAUUUAUUUGAGAUGUGUGUAAUUGUUGCCAAUGAGAAAUUGAUUGCUUUUGUUUUUUGUUUAUUUCUCAAGAAAUUGUGAGCAAACAAAAUAUAUAGACAUUUUAGAAGGGUAUAAAGCCACGUAUUAUUGAUAUUUGUUUUGUUGCUUUUUUUUUUUUUCUUUUAUCUAAUUUUUCUUUAUUGGCAGCUGAGAAGCAGUUUAAGGAAUCUAAAUUUUUAUUUUUGGUUGAAUGACUUGAUUCAAGAACAACCACCAUUAUUGAAAAGAAAGCAUCUUUCAGCAACAAGGGGAUCAGCUCACUAUAACUCCUUUGCGAGCUAGCAAUAAAGUGGGUUGGUCUUGCAUGUAGAUGUCUUAGAAAUGGAAAGCUAUGCUAUUAAAACUACUAUUUUUUUUGGUUCCCCAUCCGGUAUCCGGGGCUUUGCCCCGACUACUCCGGACUCGACCAGCUGUGGCGCACCAGAAUGGUGGGUGAGUCUCCCAACGAAGACUGUUGCGUACACAAGGUCUCGAACUCGAGACCUUGCUUAAGCUGGACGCUUGCCACUUGAUCCAACCCCUCGUUGAUAUUAAAACUACUAUUUGAUAGCCAACUUUGGUUAUUAUUGCAAUUGGGAAAACUGUGCUGUUAAAACUACUGUGUGUUUGUUAAGUUCCAUGUUUAAGACAUUUCAAGAAUUUUUAUUUUUGUGAAAGUUGAGAUGUGAUUGAGAGUUAUUUUUUAAUAGUAACAGUCAGGCAUGAAUUCGCAUGAUUCAGAUUUUCAC